UCUUCUUCUUUUCUGGUUUUUCCUCUCCUCUUCCAUUAUAAGUCCAAAUCCUUGAAGCCAUCAACCUCAUAGCCACUCUAUGAUGUUUAUUCUUCUUCUUCUAAUCAAAAUUUUGCCGCUGGCUGUUCCUCCUUUCCUUGUCCAUGAUUUGACUAUUCAGUGGGUGCCUCUUUGCUGUUUUGGAAAAUUAUGGUUUUUGUGUCGCACGAAUUCUUAGCUUUGAUCUUGUGUCUGAAGUGGACAUUUUAGACUGAUAGAAAUUCAGGUUUUAAGACACCUUCGCCUCCUUUAGACUUGAAUUCUAGCUUACGGUAUAGCAACAAGGGGAGGUAAGUAAAUUUGUGGGAACGUCCUUGGAUUUUAAGGUAAAAGCUUUAAAAGCAUAUUUUAAACUGUUUUUAAGAUAGUGACAAGAUUUAAACUGAUUUUUUUAGCAUAUGAGCAUGAUUGAUUUAAAAUAAAGUUGUUAAUAUGUUUAUUGAGUUGAGCAUGCUUACUGGGAUUUUAUUUCAUUGUCUUAAAGAUAUGAAAAUUGUUUGUAAAUUAUGGAUUUUCUUGUAACUCCUGCUUGGUUUUGUCUCCAAUAUGGUCAUGUAUUACUUGUGCCCGCUAGUGUGAGGUUUAUAAAUGCUAGCACAUGUCGACAUGUUACUUAUGGAACUGGUUCAUUCUUGAUAUACCUGUUAUCCUGCGAGUGGGAUUAUAUAUUAGUAAAUCUUGUGCCUAUCAGUGGCAGGUUUAUAAACGCUAGUCAUGACCUAUAGAGGAGACGUCUAUUUCAUUCUCAUACUUGUACCCGUUUUCUUCAUACUUGAUUACACUUGUUAGCAUGUUAUAAAAUUUUUUAUUAAGGGCUAUCCAUAUUUUUACUUACUAAGUUAUCUCACAGAAUUCUUCCUUGUCCACCAUUUUAGGUGCUAAAAUCAAAGAUACAGGAAAACCGAGGGGAGUGAUGAGUUAGAAGGUUAGCCAUUUUUAUUUGAAUUUAGAUUAUUUUAUAAUUAGGUUUGAAAGCUAAAUUUUAUUUUGAUAUUUUUGCAACAUUGUUCCAUGGAUUGUUAGUUAUGAAUUUAGCAAGUUCCAAGCCUUGUGCAUUUGUUGGAUUCUCUCAUAAGUGUAUAACGUCUGUUUUGCUUUCAGUUUUGAGGUGUGACAAAUAUAUAUAUGCAAACUUA